GCGCGCCGGGGGCGGGCGAGGGGGCGGUGUCCUGGCCAUGGCCGGCCUGUCGGACCUGGAGUUGCGGCGGGAGCUGCAGGCCCUGGGCUUCCAGCCAGGCCCCAUCACCGACACCACUCGGAACGUCUACCGCAACAAGCUGCGCCGCCUGCGGGACGAGGCCCGGCUGCGCGACGACGAGCGGCUGCGGGAGGAGGCCCGGCCGCGGGGCCCCGAGCGUCAGCGGGAGGAGGCCCGGCUACGAGAGGAAGCGCCGCUGCGCGCGCGGCCCGCCGCGGGCGUCCUGCGGUCGGAGCCCUGGCUGUCCCCGCCGGCCCCGAGCGCGGCUUCCGACUCCUCGGGGCCUUACGGCAACUUCGGGGCCUCCGCCGCUCCCUGGGCCGCAAGCCGCGGCCUCUCCUACCCGACCCACGCCGGGCCCGGGUCGCUGCGACGCCGCGCCUCGGUCCGGGGCAGCUCCGAGGACGACGAGGAUGCGCGGACGCCCGACAGGGCCGCCCCGGGCCGGGUCCGCCACUGGUGGGCCCCGUCGUCGGCCUCUGCGCGGCCACACUCGGCGCUCCUCGGCGCCGACACGCGCCCCGGCCUGAAGGGCUCGCGCCCCGGCUCUGCGGGCGCGGUGCGGGCCCGACCCGAGGCGGGCCGGCGGCUGGAGCGCUGCCUGUCGCGGCUCCUGCUCUGGGCCAGCCUGGGGCUGCUGCUGGCCUUCCUGGCCAUCCUCUGGGUGAAGAUGGGCAAGCCCUCGGCGCCGCAGGAGGCGGAGGACAACAUGAAAUUGCUGCCGGUGGACUGUGAGAGAAAAACAGAUGAGUUCUGUCAGGCCAAGCAGAAGGCAGCCUUGCUGGAGCUGUUGCAUGAGCUGUACAACUUCCUGGCCAUUCAAGCAGGUAAUUUUGAGUGUGGCAAUCCCGAGAAGCUAAAAAGCAAAUGCAUCCCUGUUCUGGAGGCCCAGGAGUACAUAGCAAACGUGACCAGCAGCCCCUCUGCGAGGUUUAAGGCCGCGCUGACCUGGAUUCUGACCAGCAACAAGGACGUGGGCAUCUGGCUGAAAGGGGAAGACCCGUCCGAGCUGGUGACCACAGUGGACAAAGUGGCCUGCCUGGAGUCCGCCCGGCCCCGGAUGGGCGUUGGCUGCCGCCUCAGCCGCGCCCUGCUCACUGCAGUCACCCACGUGCUCAUCUUCUUCUGGUUGGGGGCUGAUGCUCCUUCUGUUCCAGGCCUGGCCUUCCUGUGGGGGCUGCUGAUCCUCCUGAAGUACCGAUGGCGGAAGCUGGAAGAGGAAGAGCAGGCUAUGUAUGAGAUGGUGAAGAAGAUUAUAGAUGUGGUUCAGGACCACUAUGUGGACUGGGAGCAGGACAUGGAGCGCUACCCAUACGUGGGCAUCCUUCACGUGCGGGACAGUCUGAUCCCCCCUCAGAGCAGGCGGCGCAUGAAGCGCGUGUGGGACCGUGCUGUGGAGUUCCUGGCUUCCAAUGAGUCUCGGAUCCAGACCGAGUCCCACCGAGUGGCCGGGGAGGACAUGCUGGUGUGGCGAUGGACUAAGCCCUCCUCUUUCUCUGACUCGGAGCGAUAGGACAGGGCCUGGCCCAGCCAGCCUGGCCCGGCCACGCGGCCGGGGCGAGCAAGGACCCAGACCUUCGGUGCUCAUUCACGCCUGCCUUGAUUGCCCUGCUGGUCUCUGUUCCGGGACAUGUGGGCUUACUUAGGGUGGCCAGGAGAACGGGCGAGCCCCUCCUCUAUGUCAGUAUUACUGACAGGAAGGAGAGAAUGGCCUGUUCUCCCGGAAAAACAGACGGGCAGUGGCUGGAGUCCUGGAGACCCUGCACGCAGCUAGACAGCAGCGGUGUCCUGAAGCCCCUCGCUUGGGAGGUGGGCCGGGUGGUGGGCUGGGGCGGCGGGGCCUGGGGAGAGCUUGGCCCAUGUGUCUUUGCACUGUUUCCAGGGAGCUUCCGGGUGAUGGGGGAGAACCCCGUCCCAUUCCACUUGGGCCUCUGUCCAGAAGGGGAAGAGGUUAGAACUUAGGAGCAGCUGUCGGGGACAGAACAGAGGUGGCUGGGAUCUGGAAGGCGCGGCGGGUCCAGCCUCAGCUGCCUCGGGAGCCUCAGUGAACAGAGGUGGCUGGGAUCUGGAAGGCGCCGAGGGUCCAGCCUCAGCUGCCUCGGGAGCCUCAGUGCUUCUUACAGUGCUUCUUACAGGUCAGAAGUGCAGCCUGAGCCGGUGGAGCUCGGCCUCCUGCCAGCCCCCUCCCCUACUGAGAGCAGAGCUCCUGGCUAGUUAGCAGGGCGGCUGGUUAGCAGGAACAGGCAGGGUGCGGCAUGGUGGCUGCACACUGCCCUCUGCAGGCCACACAGCGCAGUGGGGCCGUUAGCCCUGGGCUUAGGAGGACCUGCUCCAAAAACGCGCAGUGGGGGCCUCACCACAGCAGCAGGAGGAUAGCCCCUGGGGGUGAAGGGCAGCUGCCUCCCAAAGACGCGGACGCCCCCCUUUGGACCUAUUGCUGUUCUCUGUGUCUUAAUAAAGUACGGUCUCCAUUUAGCAAUCUGCUCAUUGCCUUGUGUCUGGGUGGUCAGCAGGACCAGGGACUGAGCAGGCACCCAUGGCGAGGCCUGUUCUCAUGGCCAGAAGAUGGCUUUUGUAUCGGGCGUGGAACUGUUGGAAAAAUAAAAUAUUUAUUGAGAA